AGGGACCUGAAUGCCGGCUGAUGCAGACAUGGUGUCCCUACUGCUGCUGCCCCUGCUGUGGGGGGGGUCCCUGCAAGAGGCCUGGGGGUACCAGCUUCAAGUGCAGGACACAGUGACGGUGCAGGAGGGUCUGUGUGUGCACCUGCCCUGCUCCUUCUCCUAUCCCUGGAGCUCGUGGUCUACCCAUGAGAGGCCCUACGUGUACUGGUUCUGGAGUGGGGACAGCUCCCAUAACUCUCAGCUUGUGGCUACAAAUGAUCCAACAAAAACCGUGAAGACAGAGUUCAGGGACCGGUUCAACCUCGUCAGGAAGCCCCAGGAAAACGACUGUUCUCUGAGGAUCAGAGAGGCCAGGAGGAGCGACCAGGGACUCUACAAGUGCCAAAUAGGGAAAGACUAUGGGAGAUACACUUACAAAGAUAAGCAGCUGAACCUGAAGGUGGCAGCCCUGACACAGGAACCCGACAUCCACUUUCUGGAGCCCCUGAAGUCUGGCUAUCCCACGAACCUGACCUGUAGUCUGCGGGGAUCCUGCGAAGAAGGAAGACCUCUCAGCUUCUUCUGGAUGGGGGGUGCUCUUGACUCGCUGGACCCCCAGACCCUCCACUCCUCGGUGCUGACCCUCACCCCAAGGGUGCAGGACCAUGGCAGCAACCUCACCUGUCAGGUGCACCUGCCAGGAGUUCAGGGCACCGUGGAAAGAACCAUCAGGCUCAAUGUCUCCUAUGCUCCCCAAAACCUCACCAUCAGCCUCCUCUCCAGCGAUGGCACAGCCCUGAAGAUUCUGGAAAAGGGCUUGACCAUUCUCACCCAGGAAGGCCAGAUUCCACGGCUGCUCUGUGUUGCUGAAGGCAACCCCCCAGCCCAGCUGAGCUGGGUCCUGGGGGGACAGACUCUGAGCUCCUCCCAUCCCGCACACCCUGGGAUCCUGGAGCUCCCUCAGAUACAAAUGGAGCAUGAAGGAGACCUCACCUGCCAAGCCCAGAACGCACUGGGCUCCCAGCACAUCUCCCUGCAUCUCUCUGUGGUCUAUCCCCCUCGGCUGCUCAGCCCCUCCUGCUCCUGGGAGGGCGAGGGGCCGCACUGUAACUGCUCCUCCCGAGCCCAGCCGGCCCCCACACUGCGCUGGCGGCUGGGGGAGGAGCUGCUGGAGGGGAACCACAGCAACGCCUCCUGCACCGCCACCUCCAGCCUUGCAGGGCCCUGGGCCAACAGCUCCCUGAGCCUCAGUGGGCCGCUGGGCUCUGGCCUCAGACUCAGCUGUGAGGCCCGGAAUGACCACGGGAAACAGAGCGCCGCUGUCCUGCUGCUUCCAGGGAAACCAGUGCUCCUGGCAGGAGCAGUGCCCGCAGCUCUUGGAGGUGCUGGUGCCAUGGCUCUGCUCUCCCUAAGUUUGUGCCUCCUCUUCUUUUGCAUAGUGAAGGCCCGCAGGAAGCAAGCAUCUGGGAGCCGAGAGGGCCUGGAUGACGAAGAUCCUGUCAUGGGUACAGUGGCCUGGGGUUCCAGGCAAAAGUCCUGUCCAGACAGCCCCCCAACCCAAGCAACCCCUACCGGGGAUGCCCCUCCCUCAGGGGAGCAACAGGAGCUCCAUUACGCCUCCUUCAGCUUUCACAGAAUGAAGCUGAGGGAGCCUAAGGAUGAGGAGAGCGCUGGCACCAGCGAGUACUCAGAGAUCAAGACAACAAAUGAGGAUGCUUAGAGCUUGGCCUGAGGAAUUGCAGCUCCUGGGGCAGAGGAGAAGUCAGGCACUAAUCAGCAAAGCAUGUGAACCACUGUGGCAAUAUGAACAGGAAGGACUGGCCGAGUGUCCCCAGGUGGAGCUGACUUGGGCUCUCAUGUAGGCUGCCAAGGAAGUCACUUCAUCUUUCUGUGCCUCAGUUUCCCAUUCUGUAAAUCAGAGAUCGCGCAUUCUGCCUCAGAGGUGGUUGUGGACAUUAAAGAAAUUAACACACAGAAAUCAACCAACAAAAGUCCCAUCUCAACUGCCUUACCUGUGCUCAGUACCUACUGCUCUCUCUUCUUUGGACAGAAAAAUAAUUGGCAAGUUACCCUGAGGCUUGGGAUGACCAGGCCCAGAGCACAGGGUAGCAACCUGCUGGGGUCAUUCUCCUUCCCAGAGCUCUUCAGAGCACCCCCCCCCCCCGGGAAAGAAAGACCAGUCGCUCAGCCUGGUGUUUGAUUCAUAACAUAUGUGCCUCUUAUCAUCUCUGUGGAGUCUUCUCCUCAUCCCACUUGUACCUGUCAAUUCUUCUAGCACAUUCCUUCACCUCCUGACCUCCAGUCCCUUCCCUGUCUCACAGAUGGGCCCCACAGCGAUGUGUCCAGCAGCCAGAGAGCUGACCCUGUGUCUCCUACACAACCGCCUUCAAGGCUCUCUAGCCUUAGACAAUACAUCACGAGUAUUGGCCGCCCCCAGCUUUUAAAGUCCAUCACACCCUCCCUGCUAGCUACUGUUGGAAAAGAAACCACGGACCCAAAGUGGAGACACUUGCCCCCACAACUGAGCAAACCAAGAGUAACAGCAGUCUCAAUCUCUCCCGGAAAUGUGACCUUUCAACAGAGGAUCUGAAAUUUCCUGAUCAGCCCUGAUGAGGUCACCAGCAGGAUGAGAGCUUCCCCCAAAAGAUGGCCUGACCUGAAAAAAAAAAUCUUUUCUUUUGGUAAUAACUCCCUUGCCCCACCCUCCUGCCUAUAAAAACCUACGUGCAGCCCCUCAGAGUGCCUGUCUCUUUACGGGAUGGAAUGCUGCCCAAUUUAGGAGUCAUUGAAUAAAGCCAAUUACAUCCUCA